AUGAGUUGGGGUUUCCUCGUAAAUGACCUCAGUCAAGGUCAGGUUGGCGUUGAAGCAAAUGUUACUGUGGAGGUCAGGUCCCUGUCUGCCCUUGACGUCACCAGCGCCACGUAUCUGACUCUUGCUGCAGACCCUUACCGGACGGUGCGCACAGAUCUUCAGAUCGGAUCUUCCCUCCUGCAGCGACUGACGGCGGCGUCAAGGACAUGGAUUGAGAAUGGCUUGGGCGUGAUGGCGUGGGUUGACGAGACCAGCCUGAUUGAGGAGGAGGAACAGGGAGCUGGGAGGAGCAGAGCGCCUCCCACCACCAACGUGUGGGUGGCAGCGCCGGGCGUGUACAACCUGAGGCACCUCUUGUUGUACCACCGUCCCCAGCUGGCAGAGGCGCUGGGUGUUGCGGUGCAGAGCGUGGGAGUGACCACCUGCCAAGAAACUCCCCGGGAAGAUCCUCACCAGCUUUCCCUCGAGCCCCGGGGCUGCACGAGCGGCUGCUGGGCUUCCACGGAGAUGGGCCAAAGCUUCGUGGUGGUGGACGCCAACGUGUCCUCAGUAGUGGGCCCUCAGGUGACCGUGCGUCGCGGGUGUGGUUGUGUUGCCUCGCUGCCCCUGGAGGAGCCCGGCUGUGCCCCUCGCACCUGCCUUAACGGGGGUCGUUGUAUUCCCUUAAAAAAUGGCUUCAGGUGCAUCUGUCCGUAUGGAACAUCCGGGGCGAGAUGUAAAGCUCUGAGUCGAAGCUUCGAGGGAGGGGAAGCCGCCGCUGUGAACCAAGACGGCGGGGAAUCCAGAAGCACAGGGAGCUGGGCGUGGGCGCCAUCCAUCCCUGCUUGCGCUCAAGUUCAUAUGAGUCUCGAAGUUCUGACAGCCUCCCAAGAUGCAAUUCUCUUAUACUCCGGCUCAUCACACACUAUGGAAUUACCAAGAAAGAAGAAUGACUCUGACGCCUCCAGUGUGUCCGGGGAAGGGGAGCUCCGUAAGAAUACAACCACCGAUGAGGCUGCGCUAAGAGAAGAUAGCAAGGAAGAGCACGUCACCGCCAGUGAGGUCCGGGGAACACACGGAACACCGAGCGAGGUAGUCGCGUUAGAAUUACGUGGAGGUCGUCCUUUCCUUCUUCUAGAUCUAGGUGGCGGCGGCGUCACUAUCGCUCUCAACUCCUCCUACUCCAUUGCUGACAACACCUGGCACAGAAUUGAUGUCAUCUGGAAAGACGAGUUGGUUGAAAUGAUAGUGGACUUGUGUUCUGGCGACAGCGUCGAUCACAUUCCCAACCCCCAUACCGGCACCCCGCCCACCAGCCUGCCGCCUGACGCCCAUAUCUGCCGGGGAGCUGCCAGGCUGCCAGGAGGUGCUCGGGUCCUUAACACCGGCCAGCCUCUGCAGGUGGGCGGCCUGGCCCAUCCGCUCCCCGAUCACGUCUCCGAGAGAUGGCCCGAGAGCCGCUCAUUGCCUUCCUUCCGUGGCUGUCUGAGGAACUUAAGGAUAAAUAGGGAGCUGGUGGACCUGGGCGGGGCCAUGCUGGCCAGGGGCAGCACGCCAGGCUGUCCAGAGGCGCAGUGUCUCACCUCAGGCCUCAUCUGUGGCCCUCAUGGCAGGUGCCGCGGGUCGCCAGGGUGGCUGCGGUGCGAGUGCCAGCAGGGAUGGACGGGGGACGACUGCGCCAAGCCCACGACCCCAACGUCCUUCUUGGUCAACAGUUACGUUAAGCUGGCCCUCUCCUUCACCCCGCUCGGCUACACCACCUCCAUGGCACUCAGGUUCCGCACCAAGAAGAAGCGGGGACAGCUGGUGGCAGUGUCCUCUCAGCAUGGCCAAGACCGCCUCGCCCUCCAGCUGGUGGAGGGUCAGCUAUGUGUCCUGCUACAGUUCCGACCCGACCCAGCUAGGUCAUUGUGUCUCAGCCAGGCCCAGGUCACGGACGGCCAGUGGCACACCGUGGCGGCAAUAAGACAAGGAUCAGCGACCUUGGUGAUGGUGGACGACGGGGACGGCGACCACUACAACGCCUCGGUGUCCCUAGAGGGCCGCCAGCUCCUGCACGUGGACACCCAGGAUGGCGUGCAUGUGGGUGGGGCGCCCGAGUUGGUGGGCGUCACCGUUAAGAUCCACGAGGACUACUACGAAGGGUGUAUUGAUGACCUGAGGGUGUCCGGGCGCAGCGUUCCCCUGCCCCCUGCCGUGAACACUUCGGCUUGGGGACAGGUGGGAGGGUUCCAGGGGGUGGAGGCAGGCUGCGAUGCCCCAACAUCCUGUGCCAACGUGACCUGCAGUCCGCCACUCGCUUGCGUGGACACCUGGCGAGCCCACCACUGUGGGUGUGGCGAGGGUCGAGUGUUGAGUCCCAGCAAGGCGACGUGCGAGAACGAGGACUUGUGUGUGUGGCGGCCUUGUCUCAACGGUGGCUCCUGUUUCAGCCAGCCUUCAGGAGCGGGUUACACUUGCGCUUGCCCCUCGGGGUUUAGCGGGACACACUGCCACCUGCCUGACGUAGGAAAAACUCCACUGAAGAUCUCCCUCGGCGCCCUCGUCGCUAUCCUCGUGUGGUGCGUCUUUCUUCUGCUGCUGGUCUGUGCCUUCCUGCUCCACCAACACCACAAAAGAUCGGCGCUGCGCAAGUGUGGGGAACUGAAGAAUGACUCCGGCAAAGAACAGCCGCCCACGCCCUGCAUACACACGCCCAACUUGCUUGAGCUACAGCUUCUUCAACCACCGAGAGCCAACGGACAGCCCGCCUGGACCACCAAGAACCCAAGCAUUGCAGACGUGGACGUUCUCCAGGUGGACGCCACUUCCAUCAGCAGCUGCCUGGAGGAGCCGGAGCGCCGCAGCCUCCACAACUCAGACGUGGGUAAGAAAGAGCUCAACGGAGACACGCCCAAGAGCGGGGUGUGUGGAAGCAGCUCUGGGACUCCUAACGCGAGGGACGACCUCAGAAACUACGCCUACGAGGGGGAAGGUUCCUCGCCCGGGUCACUCUCCUCCUGUCUGGAGAGUUGCAGCGGCAGCGCCAAGUUCUUGGGCGGGUUUCGCGAGGUGGCACACAUGCUGGAGUCCUGACACGGGGCCACCCAGUCCCCGCCACUCCAGUCCAAAACCAAAACCUCUCCCGAGGGGGUGACGGUCCUUCAUUCGUCGGCAGGGGACAUAACCGCACCUACUGAUUUUCAGGAGCCCUUGCCUCCUCCAAUCAACGAGGCGUCCACCCACACAGGGCAGCCGCUGGCCAACCCCGCAACAACCCCAGAGCCGCCGCGUGCCUUCCGCUCCUGAGGUCGUCAUCCUGCUGCCUCUCACGACCUGCUGCCCGUCCCUUCCCCAGCACUGAGUGAAGGCUCGUAUCCUAAACAAACAACUGGUUUCCAUACAACACAAAGCAAAAUGUGCAGAAAAUCAUAAACCUAGAUUUCCUCAAAUAAACAACCUAACGAGGAAGGAUAACAAAUAACAGCGGGCAGAACACGCGUCUGCGACCAUCCCUCACGCGGCGUGUCCGGCACAGGAUUCUGUGGUGAGAGGAACACCGGCUUUCUGUGAGGCAAAUAUAACAAUGAAUAGAAAGACAUCCCACACUGCUAAGAGGCAACAAAACUACAUCAUCAACAUUGAAGUCUGGCAAAAACACCUCCCGCCCCUCCUCCUUUCUCUCUCUCUCUCUCUCUCUCUCUCUCUCUCUCUCUCUCUCUCUCUCUCUCUCUCUCUCUCUCUCUCUCUCUACCAGCUGUUGUCCACCCAUGCUUCGUUCCGUCAUGCCGCGAGCAAGCACAGUCCUGCCUCGCGGCGCCUGCGUGCACAACACAACUCCCUUCAUCCAAGAUCAAUGCAGUGCGUCACAAAGGUGCAUUUUAUCCAGUUGAUAUGCAAACGUUUUUCACAGUCCAUGGCAGCAUUAAUUACAAUGUGGCAAUUAUCGACAAGAAAAAAACUUGGACUGCUGUAUUCGCGGAAACAAAAAAAGCUGUAAUUAAAGUGGCCACAAUAAAAAAAAGUAAAUAAAUAAAUCCAAAGUAAUUUAACUGCGUUCAAUCUAAGUGGAAAUAAAGUAUUCGUGUUUUAGUGUUCCCUAUAUUCCAACUCGUGAACUGGACACCGAUCGCAGUGUGACAAUGAAAGUACUUGCUUGACAUUCACUGUAAUCUGUGUCAGUUUAAUCUUGAUCGCAGUGAGACAAUGAAAGUACUUGCUUGACAUUCACUGUAAACUGUGUCAAGUUAAUUUUGUGGUAUUUGUGUGUUGUGACGAAAGUGAAAGUUGUUGCAAACCACUCCCUCAGCCUUAAUGUACUGGCGUGAUGGAAUCCCAAUCGAAAAGUGACAGAUUAACAUUAAUCCUCGCUACAAGUCUUCACUGGACUUGCACAGCACCGACUGUCGUCUCGUGGUGAACUUUCAAAACAUUCGGCAACACGUCUCACGACUCACGAAUCUCGCUGUGAAUGACACAUGACGCGGUGCCUGCUGCCCGCGACCAAACUUUCCCGUAUAAUAUAACCGUACUUGCUGAGAACUGGAUAUCAUUGUACCAUCACGCAAUAAAUCCUUGCCAUUUUAUUCAGACCAGUAAUCUUGAGAUCCCCACUACACUGCCUAGUUUUGACAAAUAUUAAUAAUCUCCCAUCAUUCUUUUCCCCUUCUUAGGCACAGAUUGCUGUCCUUCAUGACCUUGGUGGUGUUCUUUCCAAGCACAUGCCUCGCCACUUCGUGCUGCUGUAGAGGGCUGGACAUGGGAGAAGAGGGGCGGGAGCUUCAAGGGUGUGAAGUUGAGGAAACUAUUCCAAUUGUUUUGUAAUUUUAUAAAGGCUGACAUUAUAAAAUUCAAUAAAAAUAUAUAUAUAU